AUGCUGUGUUCAGGUAAGAAGACUCGCUGGUGCACGGUGUCGGAGCCGGAACAGAGGAAGUGCGCAGAGCUGGCUAAGGGGCUGAUCAGAGUGCUGCCUCCUGCCAUGGUUUCAGCCUUCGCAAAACUCUCGUGCAUCCGGACAUACAGCACUGCAGACUGCAUUGACAAGAUUCGGGGAAACCGUGCUGAUAUAAUAACUCUGAAUGCAGGGGAAGUGUAUACUGCUGUCAAGCAGUUUGGUCUCACUGCUGUUGCAAAGGAGAUCUACAGUGAUGGUGGCUGUGUGCUGGCUGUGGCUGUGGUGAAAAACAGCAGUCUGGAUGUGCGCUCACUGCAAGGCCAUCGCAGCUGUCACUCUGGGGCUCGCUGGACUGCGGGCUGGAGUCUGCCUCUUGGGUUUCUACUCUCCCGCAACUACCUUCCCUGGGCAGAAGAGGAGACUCUCACCCAGGCGGUCAGUGCCUUUUUCAGUGCCAGCUGUGUCCCAGGGGCUGCGGCCACAGCUCCCAGCCUGUGUGCUCUGUGCCAGGGCCAGAAGUCCUACAUCCGUCAGCGUAACUUUCACUGUGAGACCUCCCACAACGAGCCCUUCUACAACAGCCAGGGAGCACUGAGGUGCCUCAAGACUGGCAAAGGGGAUGUUGCAUUUGUGGACCAUAUUGCCCUUGACAGUAUUGAGGAGUGGGAGAGGGAGGACUACAGACUUCUCUGCACAGAUGGGGCACAGGCCAAUCUUAGUGAGUUCCGGACAUGUAAUCUUGGACGAGGGCCUGGAGGAGGGGUUGUGACACGCAUUAACUUCCGCAAGACAGCCCGAAAGUUCCUGCAGGCGGCACAGAUGGUGUUUGGUCGUCAAGGACGUGAUAAGCAGCAUUUUCAGCUCUUUGAGUCUCAGUCUUAUGGCGGCCGUGAUCUGCUGUUCCGGGAUAAGACGGAGAAGCUGGCUGUUUUUUCUGACAGUGACAUCAGUCAGGUCCUAGGACUGGACUAUGUGGCUCUCCUGAAAGGGCUUGGGCAUGAAGGGAGCUCCUUAGAGGACAGUGUCAUCCGCUGGUGCUGUAUCAGUGAUGCGGAGCAGAAGAAAUGUGAGGAGUGGGCCCUCAGCAUCAAGUCUGACCCACUGGUGUGUGUGAGGGCCUCCUCCAUGAGUAACUGCAUCGAGAAGAUCAAGAGAGAUGAAGUGGAUGCUGUCUCACUGGAUGGUACACAUGCCUUCAUUGCAGGGAAGUGCGGCUUAGUUCCUGUGGUUGCAGAAUAUUAUGGGGAAAAAUGUAUACCAACAGAGACAGUAACAGGAGAAACUGCCCAUUUUGAAAGUGACGUGUUUCCAUCAGUGUUUGCGGUGGCAGUGGUGCGGCGCUCCAGCAGGAAUGUGUUCUUUGGGAAUCUGGCAGGCCGUCGUUCAUGCCAUGGCCACAUGUAUAGCCCUGCAGGCUGGCUGAUGCCUGCUAGACACAACCUAAGCUCCCAACACAACAGCAGCACCCACUGUGACCCCAGCAAAGUAUACAGUGAGGUCUUCUGGAAAGGAUGUCUGCCAGGUUCCCAGGGUAGCCUCUGCAAGGUGUGCAUUGGGGGAACUGCUGAGCCUGGAACAAAGCGCUGUACUGAUAACCACAAUGAGCGUUACUAUGGGAAUAUGGGGGCACUGAGGUGUUUGGUAGGAGACCCCAGUGGGAAGACCUAUGGAGAUGUCGCAUUCCUGGAGCAACACAAUUUAGAGGACAACAUUAAGAGUCUGGGAUCUAGUGGCUGGGCAGAGGGCUGGCUGGCUUGGGAUUUUGAGCUGCUCUGUCCAGAUGGUCGACGGGCAUCCCUUUCCCAGUGGGAGAGCUGUCACCUUGGUGCCAUCCCACCGAAUCUUAUCAUGACCCGUCCCAUACUCACAGCCCGUGUCUAUGACUUUCUCAUGAAGUCACAGGAAACACUGGCAGCACACCCAGAUGAAUUCAAUCUCUUUGAGUCCCAGAAAUAUGGCGAGAGUGAUCUACUUUUCAAAGAUGUAACACGAUGCUUUGUCCACACGAGCCACCUGGACUAUCAUACCAUCCUGGGGGAAGACUUUUACAGAACAAUGGAGACCAUCUUCAACUGUACACGGUCUGAAAUCUUGGAGUUCUGUGCUCAGGAUGUAUGUACCAUAUUCUGAGCAUCAAUUACAAGUGGGACAGCAGGGAAUCAGGCCUCAUUCCACCUCUUCAGCAGAGAUGGCUACCACAUCCCGUCACAACAGUAUUAAGAAAUGGCAAAUGUUUACAUUCACCUUUACUUUCAUUCAUUUGGCAGAUACUUCUGUCCAAAUCAACAUCUGCUCAUCAGAGGCAGAUACUACAUAAGUGAAUGAUAUUAGAUAGUAAGUACACAAAUAGUUGGCAGAAGGAUCUUACUAUGAACACAUGUUACAAUUAUUGCACAAGGAGCUUAAAUCAAAUUAUAACAUCUUAUCAGUUAUGUCAAAAUCUAUCUGCCUAAUUUCUGCAAAAUGGUUCAGAACAGGAAUACUUGUAUUUGCUUUUUAUUUUUAUAUUCUCUGUCUAAUUGUGCUCAGACAUUCUGGGACACUGAAUUUCUCCAUCCAUUGCAAAUGCAGAGCUGGGAGGAUACACUCAAAUAAGCAGAUUGUUGCAACUCAUAUUUGAUAAUGAAGCAUUUAGGGACUGCCUGUAUAUAUUGUUCUGAGACCUAUUGAACCAGAUUGUCCAUCAUUAUACUUUUAAACAAAUUAGGGAAACAAAUAAAUUGUGAUGCUUUUAGUGAAAGUAUGGAAACAAAGGUUUUGUAUCCCGUCUCAUUAAAAUAAAUUGACAGAUUCCUUCUAGAAUUAAACAGAAAACAGGAAUUUACAAUUAAUUUUGUCCACUGUUCUAACACUUUGCAUGCUCACAAUAUUUCUGUGUAUGAAA